AUGACGAGAUUUUUUCAGAGACACCCUCCGCCGCGAUCUACCCUCGCAAAGGUCUUCCGGGCGUUCAGAUGCUGGUGGCGGGACGGAUGGUACAACGCAGGCAUGUGGGACGAGCUUUUGCAACAGGAAUUCAGCACUACACGCGGCAUGUUUGACGUCCAGCCAGUGUCAGGUACAAAAAUCGCCGUGACGACAACGGUGGGCAGACCCGUGUUGCUCAUCAACUAUCGCCGAACAACCGAAUCCCAAAGUGGUAAGCGCGAACAAGCCUUGUGUGGACGCAGAGGAUUGUGGCUGAACAAGAUCUUGGAGAUUACUACCAUGCUCAUGAAGCCAAGAACGCGGAUGAGGAGCCUAAACUGUGGCAAUGGCAGUUUUUUCCCACCCAUCGACCUUCCAGGCAUUGGUACUUGCGAAGACGGUGGCCUGAAGCAGAACAAUCCUGCUCCAAUCUGUCGUUCUGAGAUCCAAUUGAUGUGGCCAUCACGGCCUCUGCCUGCGACGCUGGUAAGCCUUGGCACGGGGUCAGGCUUCCAUCGCCGACCGGAGUCCCGCAGUGGCCAGCGCCGCCGUUCUUGGACACGCGGAUUCGCUUUCCGGCUCUAUGACACGUUCAUGGCAUCCAUGGAUGCAGAGCAGGCUUGGAACGAGCUGUUGGGCCAGCUUGAUGAGGCACAUAAGCGGCAUUACCAUCGCUUGAAUGUGGUCUUUCCUGGACAGGAGCCGUUGUUAAACGCGACAGGGCUAGUGAAAUGGAUGACAGACCUGGUUGAUCAGACGGCUUCAAUCCAGGUCCCGCCAGUGCUCACCUCCCUGGCACUGGCUAGUCUUUUCCUGGAACUUUCUUCCGCGCCCCGUUGGGAGGAGGGACACUUGCAUUGCGUUGGAGCGAUCAGGUGCCGUCUCAAGGGGAACGUACUUGUUGAUCUCCUCAGGAAGUUACAUCCACAGGCCGCCACUUACGUCAUAGGCGCUGUGAAGUUGGAUAUUUCUCCAAUCGAAGACGCGAUCUGCGACAGCUGUUCUAGAUACUGUGUACCUGUAAGGUUCGCGGUCGAGGGGCAUGACAGUCAAAUCGCCUUAGCCCUGGAGCUUAGCAGAGACGAACAGCAAUUACUGGGUGGUUUCCCAAUCUCACUAAGGUGGCUCAUCGAACGACAGGGAUUUGAGUGCACCAACUACGCCACCGACUGGCUAGACCUGCCUAGACGGACUGAGUGCAAAGCAUGUGACUUGCGGAUCAACCGUAAAAGUGCACUUGCGCAGCCAAGCCGCCGUUACAGGAAAAGGGUUCGUUUUAUUUAG